CCUACUUGCAGUGAAAUCCUGCAGCCGCCUAUGAUCCAUAGUAGAUCUAACUGGAAGCUGUGGGAUGGCCUCAUUUGUUAACUUCUGAGCCUUUAAAGAAAAAAAUGAAAAGAUUAAGUUGUACUAUUGAAAGUUUGAAAAUUAUAUAUCCAAGGACCAGAUCUAGAAUAGUCCCAAAUAAUACUCUAGUCAUGUUAAAAUGCCUCACUAGUAACUGUGAUCAUCUAUAUAUGACAACACCCAAGGAAGAAGACCUGUUUAAUUGUGGCAACAUUGAAAAAAAUGGCACACUCAUGUGCAAUAUCACUAUUACUGAACCUGUUGAAGUUAUAUGUGUUGGUACAGACUCCAAACCAGUUGUGUGUGAUUCACGGAGUAGUAUAUUAAUUGAAAUUGAAGAUUCAGCUAGUGAUAAGUGUACGUUUGUCGAGGAACCGACCUACGUUUGGCGACUUUGCCAGCUUCUUACUCCACGGAAAAGAAAAGUAUAG